AAAACGCUAUGUAAUAAUGCACGUGUGGAAACAUUACCGCCAGAUUUCCCCGGCUGCUCCCCGUUGGGCCAGAAGGUAUAAAAAGGCGGGAGUGGCCAGACAAGUCACUCCCUGGACGAUCGUCGAGGCGGAAGGAUCUCUAGGGACGCGAGAAGUCAAGAUGCGGUGCGAGAUUCUCCUGCUGGUGGUGGCGGUGGUGGGGAGAGCCUCCGCUUGUAAAUUCUACUGCAAGAACCCCGUCAGUGGCGACUAUGUUUGCUGUGAUGACGGGAAUCCCUUCUUAGUCCUUGAAUCUGAGGAGGAGCAAGAACCUGAAGUGUAUCCGCCGUACGAGUAUCCACCUUCAGGAACGGGCUGUGUCUACUACUGCGCGUACGAAGGUUCCACUUACUGCUGCGCUGACACCUCUGUUCCAAUUCCCUCUAGCCAUGAGGCGCACGAGGGCAGGUGUCCGGAGGAGGGUGAGCAGGUGUGCAAGUCUCAAGGCAUCUUCCUGUACACCAAGAAAGCCAAGACCGGUAGGACCUCUGGAUCGCUUCUCCUGGCUAAUGGUGACGCCAAACAGCAAGGCUCCUGCGCUUCGGACGGCUACUGCGCCAAGGACGAGAAGUGCUGCCCGAGCAAGUGUGCACGGAGACACAUCUGUCUGAAGAGUCUGACGAAGGAGGAUGAUGACAAGUAGAGACAAGUGGACGGCUGCGUGGAGAAGGCGAAGUAGAGGAAGAGAGUGAAAGAUGCCUAUAAUGAACGCUGGUUUACAUCCUGCAUUGAACGGAAUGUAGAAGGAACUUUUUUUCUUGAGUGCUUCCUAGCGUGAGGCUAAGGAGGGGAGGAGCUGCUCUGGCCAACCCUGUUAAAAGAGCUUCCUGCGGCACAAAUAAUGAUCGUGUGUUCCUGGCGUGUCCGAACUGCUUACAGAAGGAAAGCAAUCAACAAAAACAUAGAGAAGAAUAUCAUAAGGCGUCCCAACUCCUUGUCCUUAAUUGUUGCAAGAGGCUUCGUUUCCGGUGGUUCAGUGUUCCGAAGCAUAAUUUACACUUGCUUGUAAGACUUCCUCUGUAAGCCUUUCAUCCACUAAUGCCCAGAUCCUUUGCACUAGUCUUUAGUCACUGUUAUUUGUUGUGUAUCAGUUACCUUUUGUGUCUUUUAGAUAUGUAUUGUUUUUAUACGAUGCACUUUGUUCCAUCCACUUGAAACAUUUAAUAUAUGCAACAUGAUCACCGCGAGGCUGUUUGAAGCACCCGGAGUCUGAUGUCCGGCUGAGUGUGCGGCACAAAGUGUGAUUAUUAAUUAAAACCAUUACAUUAC